CUCCGGUGCGGCUCGACCUCCUGCUCGCCGGCGGGGAGGAGCUGGGACCAGGGCGCAGAGGCCGGACCGUCGCCUGGGGGCACUGUCGGGAGAUCAGGGUAACCCUGGCCAAGCACGGACACCCCAAGACAGUCUGAGGGGGCCUCCUGGGACGCCGCAGCCAUGAGGUGUCUCCGGCCCCAGGUGGGCCUGGCCUGGGCCCUGGGCGCCCUCACCCUCGUCCUCCUCCAUCUGCGCGCCUCCCCGCCCGCCUGCCCGCUCGCGGUGCCCCAGGAGCAAGCGGGCACUCCCGCGGCCCCCGCUGCGCCCCCCGCGCGCCCGCGCGCAGCCCCCCGGUGCCGGGCCAACGCCUCGGCGGCGGCGCAGCCCGGCUUCUCGGAGCAGCCGCGGCACGUGAAGGACUUCCUCCUCUACAAGCACUGCCGCGACUUCCCCCUGCUGCAGGACGCGCCGCGGGACAAGUGCACGCCGCACGUCUUCCUGCUGCUAGUGGUCAAGUCGUCGCCGGGCAACUACGAGCGGCGCGAGGUGGUGCGGCGCACCUGGGGCCGCGAGCGCGAGGUGCGGGGCGCCCCGCUGCGCCGCCUCUUCCUGGUGGGCACCGCGGCAGGCGCGCUAGAGGCCCGCAAGGUGAACCGGCUGCUGGCGCUGGAGGCGCGAGCGCACGGCGACAUCCUCCAGUGGGACUUCCACGACUCCUUCUUCAACCUCACACUCAAGCAGGUGCUCUUUCUCCAGUGGCAGGAGACCCGGUGCCCCAACGCCAGCUUCCUGCUCAACGGGGAUGACGAUGUCUUCGCACACACAGACAACAUGGUCACCUACCUGCAGGGCCAGGACCCCGGCCGCCACCUCUUCGUGGGGCACCUGAUCCGCCAGGUGGGUCCCAUCCGGCUUCCCUGGAGCAAGUACUACGUGCCGCUCCUGGUGACGCGGGCCGAGCGCUACCCGCCCUACUGCGGGGGCGGUGGCUUUCUGCUGUCGCGCUUCACUGCCGCAGCCCUGCAGCGGGCCGCCCGCGCCCUGGACCUCUUCCCCAUCGACGACGUCUUCCUGGGCAUGUGCCUGCGGCACGAGGGCCUGGCGCCCGCCUCGCACAGCGGCAUCCGCACGGCUGGGGUGCAGGCGCCCUCAGCGCGCCUGCCCUCUUUCGACCCCUGCUUCUACCGGGAGCUGCUGCUGGUCCACCGCUUCGUGCCCUACGAGAUGCUGCUCAUGUGGGACGCGCUGAGCAGGCCCGACCUGGCCUGUGGCCGGCGGGCGCGCGUGUACUGAGCGGCCGGGAUCGUCACCAGAGCGCGCGCGGCCGGAGGCGGAGGCGCAGCCGCGCGCUCCUCCCCGGCGCUGGGCCCGAGUGCGUGCGCGCUGAGAGCGCCUGGGACGCUGUUUCGUUUUGUUUUGUUUAUAUUUCAAUUAUUAUUCUUAAAUUUUAGUUAUUUCUUUAAAUCUGCUUGGUUGCUUUUAAGAGCAUUCAAACUCUUUUUGAAUUUCUCUAAGUAGCCUAAAUUUAUUUAUUUGCCAACACCCAGUGGUGCCCAUAUCUUGGUAUUUAAGGGUCUGGCUCUGUUGGCUGUUUCUGUGCCUUCUAGCUGUACGGGGAGGUGUUGCCUUGUGUGUUUUGUGAUCUCUAACUAAGGGAUGUCAUUGUACCUGGGCUUUGUCUGCUCUGAAGUUGAGUUUCUCCAAAGAAGGUUUGUGUUUAUUUCCGCAGUCACCUGCCCAGGACCAUUUGAAGUUAAAGUUUAGGCUUGAAAUUGUUCAGACUUCACAGGCGAUGUGAAUUCUCGAUAUAAACCCAUGAGUCAGCAGACUUGUUUACUCUCUGGAGUGAUUUAUUAUUAUUAUUAUUAAAGAAGUUUUGGGUUUACAGAAAAAUCAUGUGUAAAAUACAGGCUUCCCAUAUACCACCCCAUUAUUAACCUCUUGCAUUGGUGUGGAGCAUUUGUUACAACCUGUGAGAGCACAUUUUUAUAAUUGUACUAUUAACCAAAGUCCUCUGUUUCACUCAGGCUUCACUGGUUGUCUAGUGGCGUUCCAUGGCUUUCUUUUUUAAUUUUUAUUCCAGUAACACACACAACCUAGUAUUUCCCCCUUUUAGCCACAUUCAAAUAUGUAAUUUGGUGCCAUUCAUUACAAUCGCCAAGCUGUGCUGGCAUCACCACCAUCGGUUACCGAAAUUUGUCCAUCAUCCCAAACAGAGACUUUGUACAAUUUAAGCCUCAACCCCCAUUCCCUCCCCACACCCUGUCCCCUGGCAACCCGUUUUCUAGAUUCUGACUCUAGGAGUUUGCCUGUUCUAAUCACUGCAUGUCAGUGAGAUCAGAUGAUAUUUGUCCUCUCAUGUCUGGCUGAUUUCCCUCAACAUGACAUCUUUUGGGUCUGUCCGUGUUGUCAUGCGGAUCAGGGCUUCACUCCUUUUUACGGGUGUUAAAGAAAAACUUUCCCGCAGAUUAGGAGCUUUAUUCAGAGACUUAUGAAUCCAGCAGCGCCCCAUUCUCAAAGGGUCAGGGUGUCCCCCGAGGGGUGGGCAGGGGGCUUAUGGAGGGUGAGCUGACACUGAGUUUCCUUUUUAUUUUGGGGGGGGUGUCUUACCAAGUGGGGAGCAGGUGGCUGCUUAGGGACGAGGAGUUAGCCGGCAAGAACUGAUCAGCCGUAAUUGUGGUUUUCUGGACAAGCCGGGCAUUUACAUGUAAUAGAAACCAGCGUAGGCUUUGGAUUUGCUGAUGGGGGGCUCAGUGGGGGCUUCUAUAUUUUAUUCACUGGUGUAUGCACCAGAUUUUGAUCAUCCAUUCAUCAGCUAAUAGACACUGGGGUCGCUUCCGUCUUUUGGAAAUUGUGAAUAAUGCCGCUAUAAACAUCGGUGUGCAAAUAUCUGUUCUAGUCCCUCUUUCAGUCCUUUUGGGGUACAUACCUAGGUGUGGAUUGGGGGUCCUAGGGCAAUACUAUACUUAGCUUUCUGAGGAACUGCCAGCAACAGUGAAUUCAUGUUCCUAUUUCUCCACGUCCUCGCCAACACUUGUGAUCUUCCAUUUUUUUGAUAGCAGCCAUUUGAAUGGGUGUGAAAUAGAACCUCAUUUUGGUUUUGGUUUGCGUUUCCCUAAUAGCUAAUGUUUGAGCACCUUUUCUUGUGUUUUUUGG